GUUUGCAGUGACGUCAUUACUCAACAGUUUUUGGCGUCACUACAAGUCGGCCUCAGCUGUAACCUCUGCUAAAGCUGAACUUGUGCUGCAACUACAAGAACCAAUAAACAGAUAUAAAAGACGGAACCAUGCCCAAACAUUCUAGUAGGCCGUUCUUCCCAAAGUCUACACAAAGUGUCAUUAAGGAGAGCCCUCGGGGUGACAGAUACCCCGAGUAUCCGCUCGAUGGCCUUUACUCCAACAUUGCGACCAACAGUGCCAGCAGAGAGAUCAACGUCCGGGAUGUCCAGGCGGGCGCCUCGAAGUUGCAGGAAGUCAACUGGAGAGUGGCUACCGAAAAACACACACCUGAAGCUUAUGGCUUCAAGACAGAAAAGAAACGACAGAAGAAAUCAGUAGACAGAAGCCACAGGUCGUGCUCCCACCCACCUCUGACUUUCCUUCAAAGUCAUACUUACCGAAAGCUCAGUUAUCCUUGAAGGUGAAACCAAACGAGCAGCCACGCAUCCUUGCAAUAGAAAGAUUGAGGCGAGAGUACCUGCAGCUCAACGUCUCGGAUAUAUUGGAGAAGGACUACAAUAUCUUGACUGAGAAGCUGAUGCCUAUUCACCCCGUUUUUCAUACCCCCGUCGCGCUGGAGUUAGACCCUACAAAGAUGGCUUCUUUCCAGCACUACCUGCCACUCGAUAUUUUUGACGACCAUUUCUUAGACUGCCGAACGCCGGAAGAAUGGCUGGAUCUGGGGCUGGAAGAUGGGAUACGCAAGCCUGUGCCUGCAAGAGCACUCAUUGCCUCUUCAAACGAAGACUUUGGAAAAAAGCCGACAGAAUCGCGUGUGAAGUACAUGUGGUGUGAUGUCGGGGUUCUUGAUUACAAUCCGGAGACCAUGCUGUACCUCGUGCAUCGUGUUGAUCAGUUUGGACGGGUCGUUGACGAGCAUGGCAAUUCUGUUGUGGACGACGGAGUUAUAAAACGAGGAAAUAUCCCUCUCUUGCCCUGUCAGACGUGGGUGCCCCGUAUCCAGUUGCACUUUAGGGCCGAAGACCCGCGGGCAUUCGCUCGGCGGGUGGCGAAUGCCUACAUGGCACGUUUGGACUGCGAGACAGAACUGCGCUACCACUUGUGCAUCGACUGCAUGCCCAUGGACGAUGUGGUCGAACUGGAGCGCUCGUCCUUCGAGCGCAUGAAGAACUUCGUCUUGACCACACCUCGCAUCAUCCAAAAAAAGGGAUUGACGGAGAAGUUCCUCAUUUGUCUGGAGAACGAGGUGAGAAUUGACUUCAUGCGUGCCAUGAACCGCAUCGACUUUGACCGCACGGUGACUGCUUACCCCGAACACUUUGGUUACGUCACCCUGCCCGUACGGCCCGAAAUACCCGUUCCCUAUUCAACGCGCCACCCGGAUGUGCCAAUGUACCCGUUUAAGAUUCAGCGAGAGAAGCUGAUCUUUUACUACACCAUGGUGCCGCAUGCGCGCUGCGUCAAGGCCAUGUCUGCCGUACGAGCGGAGUGCAACAAGGUCAGCUGGGGCAUGCAGCUCUUCUCCCUGCCUCAGCCAAAGCCCCAACGGUUGGAAGACUUUGAUCUAAGCCAGACUCAGGUGCAACAUCAGGUAAGUGCAUACCUGAAGGACAACUGGUUGAGAACUGUAAUUACUGCCAUUCGUACUAAUCUGAUGGAUCUGGGUAAAGGAUGGUACAACAUUCACGAGACCAAGUACUAUAUCUAUACUUUAUCUCCAUUGAAACGUUAUAUGGAGACCGUCAAGUUCAUGAUGCAGGAUUCGCUCAGGUACUUGGUGCUGGACUCCCUAACCUUGUUCACCCAGGUCAUCGUGGACGCCUGCGAAAGUGUCAUGGAAUUGGACGAGAAUUUUACAUGGGGAAAUGAUCUCAAAAAGUCUCCUUUCAAGCCUAAAAGAUUACCGAUGUGGACAAUGGAUCUUGAUCUGACCCCUGAAGGUGCAAAGUAUAGCACCAAACUGAAUAUUUUCGAGACUUACCUCUUGACCAUCUUCGACAAAGCAAUCUUGGCCACGCAAAACAUCCAACAAGUGGAGAAGUUCGUGAUGGAGGAUAUUUUCUUUGCUGCAACACCUUUGCUGGAGACAGUUGGCAAGUUGGAAGGUCAGGUGGUGAAGAUGCGAGAAACUGUGAGACACGCCAUACAGCAGGCCAUAAUACCCCUUGAAGCCUACGCAGCUGAAUUUUCUCAGUACCUGCCGGUCUUCAACACGAUUAUUCCCACCUACAUUAACGAGUUCAAGAAGAAGCCACACUCACCGAUGGACGUGCAGCGGGAGGUGCAGAAGAAUUUGACUGAAAGGGUGGUGGUCGAUGAGGCCAUUCCAAUGAGCAUCGUCAUCGGCCCUUUCCAUCUCAUCACCGAACCUAUCCGCUCAAACUUGUCCAAAAAGCGCAAAGCCAUGGCCCAUGCCAUUAUGGACCUGUACGCCAGUGAGCUCAAGGUUAAGACAGAAGAAUCAUGCAAUGCGAUGAAAGACAUUAACCGAAAACUGUUUGAUAAGCCUAACUCAAUCGAAGAGCUGGUGGCAAUACAAGAAUGGAUGAAAAGUAUUCCUGAAAAAUUGAGGGAGCACACGGAGAUCACGGACAAGAUGUUCGAUGAGCACGAGGUUCUAGCCGAUUACAAAUAUAAUUUGACGAACGAAGACUUUAAACUAAAAUGGGAAGCUAAAGGAUGGCCUCAUAAAAUCGAACAACAAAUGGAGAGAACAAACGAUGUUUUGAACGAGGACAGGGAACGCUUCAAAAAGCUUCAGGUUUCAGAUGCUCUUAACUUUGAGGAAAGGAUCGCUUCUGCCGCGAUAGUUGUUGCAAGCAUGCAGUCUCAUUCCGACAUCAAGAAGGGCCACGAGAUUGCCAAUGAAAUGAGACGUGUGAACAAAAACAUCAAAGAGUGCCAGCAACUCGCCACCCUUUACAAUAGCCGGGAGCGCCUUUUCGACCUUCCAAUAACCAACUACGAUAAAGUUGGCAAGCUGGCAAAAGACUUUGAACCAUACCGUAACUUGUGGAUUACGGUAUCUGACUGGCUGCGGUGGCAGGAGAGCUGGUUGAACGAUCCGCUCAACAUGCUCAAUGCGGAAGACAUUGAGAAGAACGUCAACGAAUCCUUCAAGACCAUGCACAAGUCGGUCAAAAUCUUUAGUGACAUCCCAGCUGUUCUGGAAGUGGCGAUGAACAUCAAAUCCCUCAUUGAGGAUUUUAAGCCCAAAAUUCCACUUCUUAGCGGACUGCGAAAUCCGGGUAUGCGAGCGCGGCACUGGGAAAAGCUGUCUGAACAAUUGGGAAUGAACCUAAAACCGAAGGCUGACCUGACUUUCUCAAAAUGCCUGGAGAUGAAGCUGUUGGAUCACGUGGAGGUCAUUUCUAAGGUCGCGGAAGUAGCUGGCAAAGAAUAUGCAAUCGAGCAGGCUUUGAACAAGAUGACAGCCGAGUGGGAGGACGUGAACUUUGAAGUGCAGCCCUACAAGAACACCGGCACAUACAUUCAGAAGGUCACGGAUGACAUACUCCAACAGAUUGACGAUCAUAUCGUCUUGACGCAGAGCAUGACCUUCUCGCCCUACAAGGCUGCCUUUGAGGACAGGAUAAACCGAUGGGAGCAAACGCUGCGAAUGACACAGGAUGUUUUGGACGCGUGGAUAGAGUGUCAAAGGUCUUGGAUGUAUCUGGAACCUAUAUUCAGCUCCGAGGACAUCACUCGCCAGCUUCCCACAGAAUCCAAGCGCUACAACACUGUAGAACGUAUGUGGAGGAAAAUAAUGACCAAAUGCAACGCUUACCCAAAGAUUAUCGAGCUCUGCCCAGACCCAACCUUGCUGAAGAAUCUCCGCGCCUGCAACGAGCUCCUAGAACAGGUUCAGAAAGGGCUUAGUGAAUACUUGGAGACCAAACGCAACUCCUUCCCGCGAUUCUACUUCCUGUCUGACGACGAGUUGCUGGAGAUCCUGUCUCAGACUAGGGAUCCCACUGCCGUCCAGCCGCACCUGCGGAAAUGUUUCGAAAACAUCUAUCGGCUGAAAUUCGAGAAGGAUCUCAAAAUCACAAAGAUCUACUCGGCCGAGUUUGAGGAGAUAGACUUCCGAGAGACCUUAUAUCCAGUGGGCAAUGUGGAGGAUUGGAUGUGUGAAAUCGAACGCAACAUGCGCCAGAGCCUUCGUGAGAUUAUCAGUGAUGCCCUCAAAAUAUACAAGAAGUCACAGCGCACGAAGUUUGUGCUGGAGUGGCCCGGCCAAGUGGUCAUCGCGGUUUGCCAGACCUACUGGAGCGCUGAGGUUACUGAAGCGCUGGAAUCGCAGACCCUCCACGACAGGUUCGAGGUGAUGCUGAUGCAGCUGGACAACUUGCGGAACCUGGUCCGGCAGGACGUGAGUACGAUCGGGCGCAUGACCCUCUCCGCCCUUAUCGUCAUCGAAGUGCACGCCCGCGACGUGGUGGCCAAUAUGCUCAAGGAGAAUGUCACCAGCACCAACGCCUUCGAGUGGAUCAGUCAGCUCAGAUACUACUGGAUGGAAGACAACAACUUGUAUCAGAGAGCCGUAAACGCGCAGUUCCCUUAUGGCUACGAGUACUUGGGCAACACUCUCCGUCUGGUCAUCACCCCUCUGACCGACAGGUGUUACCUUACUCUAACUGGCGCUCUUCACCUCAGGUUCGGAGGCGCACCGGCUGGUCCUGCGGGUACAGGGAAGACAGAGACUACAAAGGAUCUAGCGAAGGCUUUCGCGAUUCAAUGCGUUGUUUUCAACUGCUCCGAUCAACUGGAUGUCUUGGCCAUGGGAAAAUUCUUCAAAGGUCUUGCCAGCUCUGGAGCGUGGGCGUGCUUUGAUGAAUUCAACCGCAUCGACAUCGAAGUUUUGUCUGUGGUGGCGCAGCAAGUGACGACAAUCCAGAAAGCACAGCAGCAGCGAGUAGAGCGCUUUAUCUUUGAGGGCGUGGAGAUCACCCUCAAGCCUUCCGUCGCUGUCUUCAUCACCAUGAACCCCGGAUAUGCCGGACGAACAGAGCUACCUGAUAACCUGAAGGCUCUCUUUAGACCAGUGGCCAUGAUGGUACCAGACUACGCUCUCAUCGCAGAAAUCAGUCUCUUCUCUUUCGGGUUCGCAGAGGCUAAAGCUCUUUCUAAGAAAAUUACUACAACUUUUAAGCUUUCCUCAGAGCAGCUUAGCUCUCAAGACCAUUAUGAUUUUGGAAUGAGAGCAGUGAAGAGUGUGAUUUCUGCAGCCGGAAACUUAAAGAGACAGUCACCUGACAUGAAUGAGGAGCUGAUUGCCCUGCGAGCGAUCCGUGACGUCAAUGUUCCCAAGUUCCUGGUGGACGACCUCAAACUCUUCAGUGGGAUCGUGUCAGACCUCUUUCCGGCCAUCAGUGCUUUGGCAGAGGAACCCAUUGAUUAUGGGUCCCUGGACGAAUCUCUGCACUCAACCUGCAAGGAGCAAAAUCUCCAGGAUGUGCCAGGUUUCAUGAAGAAAUGUAUACAACUGUAUGAGACAACUGUAGUGCGACACGGCCUAAUGCUGGUCGGGCCAGCAGGAUCGGGGAAAACGAAGGCCUACAAGGUACUGCAGGGAGCCAUGACAUCCCUGGCAGGAACGAUGUCGCCGUCUGGAGCUAAUUUCGAGAAGGUACACACAUACGUCUUGAACCCCAAGUCCAUCACUAUGGGGCAGCUUUACGGCGAGUUCGACGCGAUCACGCACGAAUGGACGGAUGGCAUCUUGUCAUCUCUGAUUCGGAUGGGGGCGGCCACUGACGACAAGGACAAGCGAUGGUAUGUCUUUGACGGGCCUGUGGAUGCAGUGUGGAUCGAAAACAUGAACACCGUGCUAGACGACAACAAAAAACUGUGCCUCACCAGCGGCGAGAUCAUCAAGCUCACUGAGCCAAUGACCUUGAUGUUUGAGGUGGCCGACCUGGCCGUGGCCUCUCCCGCCACAGUCAGUCGCUGUGGUAUGGUGUACUUGGAACCCAGUUACAUCGGGCUCGAACCAUUCGUGGACUGUUGGCUCAACACGCUGCCACCCCUCAUCAAGCCCUAUCGGCAGAAAUUCAAAGAACUCUUCGAUUUCUUCAUGGAGCCUGCUAUUGCUUUUGUACGCAAAACAUUGAGAGAGAUCGUGACAACAACCGAUGGAGGACUUGUCUUCAGCCUGCUGAAACUUUUAUACUGCUUCUUCACUCCAUUCGUUGUUAAGGAGGGCGAGAAGCCGCCGAAGGAGGAGAUCCUUGGUAUUUUGCCGGACCUCAUUGAGCCGUGGUUCAUCUUUGCACUCAUCUGGAGCAUAGGUGCAACCAGCGACGGCGACAGUCGCUUCGCCUUCUCGGACUGGCUGCGACAAACGAUGGAGAGUUUUAAAUUCCAGAUACAGUUCCCCGCUAAAGGGUUGGUGUAUGACUACAAUAUUGACAGCAUUCUAAAUAAAAGUGAUGAAGACGAAGAAGAAGAGGAAGGCGAAGGCAAGGAUAAAAAGGUAAGCUGGAAAAAUUGGUUGUCUGGAAUGGCUCCGUACCAGCUAUUGCCCGGCACGAAGUUUUCAGACAUUCUCGUCCCCACGAUUGAUACAACAAGAUGUAUGCACGUUAUCGGCAUGAUGGUGGAAGCCAAGACUCCGAUCCUCUGUGUCGGCCCGACAGGCACGGGCAAGACGAUGACAAUCGCAGACAAGUUGUUGCGGGCUUUGCCCAAAGAGUACGUGCCGGACUUCAUUGCGUUCUCGGCCAAAACCAGUGCUAACCAGACUCAGGACCUCAUUGAUGGCAAGCUAGACAAGCGACGAAAGGGCAUAUUUGGUCCACCUUUGGGGAAGUUCUUUGUUUUUUUCAUCGACGACCUGAACAUGCCGGCCCGCGAGGUUUACGGCGCCCAGCCUCCCAUCGAGCUCAUCCGACAGUAUAUGGACUUUUACGGAUGGUACGAUCGCAAGGCCAUCGGGGAAUUCCGACACCUUGUGGACGUGAAUUUCGUGUGUGCGAUGGGUCCGCCUGGAGGCGGGAGAAAUCCCGUUACAACGCGACUUCUACGUCACUUCAACUUCUUGUCCUUCCCGGAGAUGGAGGAUCCAAGCAAGCACAAGAUCUUUGCAACGAUUUUACACUCCUGGAUUGACCGUAAUGAGGCCAUCAAAAGCAUGUGCGAGCAGUUGGUAGACACGUGCAUUUCCUGCUACGACGCCAUCCAGACCCAGAUGCUGCCCACGCCUGCCAAAUGCCACUACACCUUCAACCUGCGGGACCUGUCCAAAGUGUUCCAAGGUAUUCUCAUGGCGGAAUCAACCAAGAUUGAGUCCGAGGAGAGCCUCCUAGGCUUGUGGUACCACGAAAGUUGCAGAGUUUACCAGGAUCGCUUAGUGAACGACGAGGACAGAGCCUGGUUUGAUAAUCUGUGCGGCAACAAGAUGAUGGACGACUUCAGGAUCCAAAUCGAGACGGUCGUUACGCAGCGGCCUUUUUUGUGCUGCGACUUCUCUUCUGGCAGUGGUAGCGAUCGCCUCUAUGGUUACGCGUCUGACCACGACAAGCUUGUAAAGGUGCUGGAUGAGUACCUGGAGGACUACAACCAGGUGUCCACCGCCCCCAUGCGCCUAGUUCUCUUCAUGGACGCCGUCAAACACGUGUGCCGCAUCACUCGCAUCGUGCGACAACCGCUGGGCAACGCCCUCCUGCUGGGGAUGGGUGGUUCGGGCCGUCAGUCCCUCACGCGCCUUUCCGCCCACGUGAUGGAAUAUGACUGCUUUCAAAUCGAGCUGUCAAAGAACUAUGGCAUUAACGAGUGGAAAGAUGACCUUCGAAAAGUUAUGAUGAAAGCAGGUAUUGAAGGCCAGCCAGUGGUCUUCCUCUUCAGCGACACGCAGAUCAAGCGCGAGUCUUUCCUCGAAGACCUGAACAACAUCCUGAACUCCGGCGACGUGCCCAACAUUUACGGUAUGGACGAGGAGGAGCAGAUCUACACCGCCAUGAAGUCGCCCGUCCUUGAGAUGGGCCUGCCGCCCACAAAGACAAACCUCUUCUCCGCCUAUAAGAAAUCAGUGCGGAGCAAUCUGCACACGGUCAUCACCAUGAGUCCCCUGGGCGAAAUAUUUCGAGCUCGCCUCCGGCAGUUCCCGGCCCUGGUCAACUGCUGUACGAUUGACUGGUUCAGCGAAUGGCCGGCAGAGGCGCUGCAAUCGGUGGCCCUGCGUUUUCUGAAUGACAUUGCUGAUCUGGAUUGCACCGACAUGGUCUUACAGGGUCUGGUGUCAGUGUGCAAGGAGAUUCAUCAGUCCGUGUUUACAUUUUCGGCCAGGUUUUUGGCAGAGUUGUCACGUCACAAUUAUGUAACCCCGACCAGCUUUCUGGAACUGCUGGGCAUCUUCUCUAAGUUGAUCGGAAUUAAGACGACAGAGAUCACUAACAACCAAAGAAGAUUAAAGACUGGGCUAGAUAAGCUCUUGACAACAGCGGACGAAGUAGCAGUGAUGCAAAUCGAGCUUGCAGAUAUGAGUCCUGAACUGGAGGCGGCUGUUGAGGAGGCGAAACUUACUAUGAAGAAAAUAGCUAAGGACACUGAAAUUGCGGGAGAGACGAAGAGAGAGGUUCAAAAGCAAAAAGCGGCGGCCACGGCCAAGGCAAAUGAAGCUCAAGCAAUCGCCGACUCCGCCCAGAGGGACCUGAACGAAGCACUACCCGCUCUCGACGCGGCCUUGGCCAGCCUCAAGUCCUUGAGCAAGAACGAUGUCGUGGAAGUGAAGUCCAUGCAGAAGCCACCGGCCGGCGUCCGCCUGGUCAUCGAGGCCGUGUGCAUCAUGCAGGGCGUCAAACCAAAAAAAAUCGCCGGGGAAAAGUUAGGAACCAAGGUGGAUGACUACUGGGAUUCGGGGAAGAACCUUCUUCAGGAUGCUGGGAAGUUCCUGGAUAGUCUCUUUACUUACGAUAAGGAAAACAUCCCCGACAGUGUUAUCUCCAAAAUCCAGCCUUACAUGGAAAACGAAAACUUUAUGCCGGAAGCUAUUCAGAAGGUGUCCAAAGCCUGCACGUCCAUCUGUCAGUGGGUGCGAGCGAUGCACACAUACCAUUUUGUGUCCAAGGCCGUGGCUCCUAAGCGGGAGGCUCUAAAGUUGGCCUCGGAAGAGCUGGCGGAAACCCAGAAAAUUCUGGACAUCGCCAUGCAAAGGCUAAAGGAAGUGGAGGAUGGCCUGAAGAAGCUGGAAAUGACCUACAAGCAGUGUGUGGACAAGAAGACGGAUCUGGAGAACAAGUGCAAGCAAUGCGAGGCCAGGUUGAUUAGAGCUGACAAGCUGAUAGGUGGACUGGCAGGUGAGAAAGACAGGUGGGCCGAGUCGGUCACACUACUUUCAGAGCUUGUGACCAAAAUCGUGGGAGACGUGCUGAUCGCAGCCGGGGCAGUCGCCUACCUGGGAUCUUUCACGGGAGAGUUCCGGCAGGAAAUGACAGCUGAGUGGAUAAGGCAGUUAGACAAGUACAAUGUCCCCCACACCGAGCACCCGAACCUCGUGGACACGAUGAGCGACCCAGUGAAGGUGCGCAACUGGCAGAUUGCCGGCUUGCCCAAGGACAACCUGUCUGUAGAGAACGGGGUCAUCGUGCAGUUCUCCCGACGAUGGCCGCUGUUCAUUGACCCGCAGGGACAGGCCAACAAAUGGGUCCGAAAUAUGGGAAAGGACGACGGGAUCGACGUCGUCAAGUUGUCGGACAAGGACCUCCUAAGGGUUCUGGAAAACGCCAUUCGCUUUGGAAAGCCUUGCCUGAUAGAAAAUGUCGGCACAGAACUGGACCCGUCGCUGGAACCUGUCCUGCUUAAGCAGGUUUACAAGCAGCAAGGCAACCUGGUGAUCAAACUGGGCGACAACGUGGUUCCCUACCACUACGAUUUCCGCCUGUACGUGACCACGAAGCUGCCCAACCCGCACUACACCCCCGAGAUCUCCACUAAAGUCACUCUUGUCAACUUCACCUUGUCACCCAGUGGUCUGCAGGACCAGCUCAUCGGCAUUGUAGUGGCAGAGGAGCGACCUGACCUGGAAGAAGCCAAGAGCCAGCUGAUCAUCAACAACGCCAAAAUGAAGGCCGACUUAAAGGAGAUCGAGGAAAAAAUCCUAUAUCGCCUUUCGGCUUCCGAAGGCAGCCCGGUAGAUGACGUGGAUCUCAUCCAAACACUGGAGGCCUCAAAGAUCACUUCUGACGAAAUCAAAAUGAAAGUGAAGGCAGCCGAGGUCACCGAGAAGGACAUCGACAAAACACGCAUGAACUAUGUCCCUGUGGCCGUCAACGCCCAGCUUCUGUUCUUCUGCGUGGCCGACAUGUCAAAGAUCGACCCCAUGUAUCAGUAUUCUCUCGAGUGGUUCAUCGCUAUCUUCAUCAGCAGCAUCCGCCAAGCUGCUAAAGCAGAGGAGUUCGAGCAACGCAUCACCAACGUCAACGACUUCUUCACCUUCAGCUUGUACUGCAACGUCUGCAGGUCUCUGUUUGAAACACACAAGUUGAUGUUUGCCUUUCUUCUGUCCGCUCGCAUCAACCUGUUCUACGGAAUCAUCCAAAUGGAGGAAUACCGACACUUUGUUGCUGGGGGUACAAGCACACCGAAGGUGAUGGAAAACCCUGCUCCCAGCUGGCUGUCCACCCGCUCUUGGAACGAGAUCCUAACGCUGGGAGCGCUGAAAACCUUUAGCGCCUUCGUCGAAGACUUUUCGAAUCAUAUCGACCAUUUUAAGAUGAUUUUUGACAGCCAAGAGCCUCAUAAAGAGGAUCUACCUGGAGAAUGGAACACAGAAUUCGACCAGUUCCAGAAGAUGCUGAUACUAAAGGCCUUGCGGUUGGACAAAGUGACCAAUGCGAUGCAAGAAUACGUUGCAGUUAAUCUAGGUCAGCGCUUCAUUGAGCCUCAGUCAAUCAACCUCGGCGAAGUCUUCAAAGAGUCGUCUUCGGUAAUGCCUUUAAUUUUUGUCUUGUCCACUGGCACUGACCCUGCCAACGAACUGUACAAACUGGCCGAAGAAUUGAAGUUCUCAAAGAAACUCAGCGCUAUUUCUCUGGGCCAGGGUCAGGGUCCCAUAGCAGAGGAGAUGAUGAAGCUUGCAAUAGAACAAGGCAAGUGGGUCUUCUUUCAAAAUUGUCAUCUUGCUCCAAGCUGGAUGCCUUCCUUGGAACAUCUGGUUGAACAGCUUGACCCGACUAAGAUGCAUAAAGAUUUCCGGUUGUGGCUGACGAGCAUGCCCAGUGAAAAGUUCCCAGUGUACAUCCUGCAGAACGGUUCCAAGAUGACGGUAGAGCCGCCCAAGGGCAUCAAGGCCAACCUGCUUCGGUCCUACGCCACCUUCACCGAUGACUUUUUGGAGUCGUGCAAAAAUAAAUCUGUUACCUUCAAGCAUCUACUACUGUCACUGUGCUUGUUUCACGGAGUGCUUCUAGAGCGUAGAAAAUUUGGUGCUCUUGGAUUUAAUAUUCCCUACGAGUUCACAGAUGGCGAUAGACGCAUCUGCAUCAGUCAGCUUCAGAUGUUCCUCAUGGAGUACGAGGAUAUACCCUACAAGGUGUUAAAGUACACUGCAGGGCACAUCAACUAUGGCGGCCGAGUGACGGACGACUGGGAUAGACGAUGUCUGAUGAAUAUCCUCAACGACUUCUACGCGGAGCAGGUGCUCCACUCGGAUCACUUGUACAGCGAGAACGGCAUCUACCACCAGUUGCCGGACGAAAUCGAUAUUAACGGCUCUGUCGCAUACAUCAGGUCCCUGCCCAUCAACGACACGCCGGACAUCUUUGGCCUCCAUGACAACGCAAAUAUUACCUUCGCACAGAACGAGACGAACCUCUUGCUCACCGGUCUGGUCAACCUGCAACCAAAGACAACUGGUGGAGGGGGAAAGUCUCAGGAGGAGGUGAUGGAAGAAACGGCGCGGAGAAUUGCUAAGGAAAUUCCAAAUUCCAUCGAAAUCGAAUCCGUGAUGACAAAAUACCCGGUGCUGUACGAGCAGUCAAUGAACACCGUCCUGGCGCAGGAAGUCAUCAGGUAUAACAAGCUUCUAAACACCAUACAUCGGUCUCUGAGUGACCUUCUCAAGGCUCUCAAGGGUCUUGUCGUCAUGUCGGGUGAGCUGGAAGAGAUGGCCUACAGCCUUUACGACAACUGCGUGCCCUCGAUGUGGGCCGGAAAGGCAUAUCCGUCCUUGAAGCCCUUGGGAUCCUGGGUUAUCGACCUUGAGCAUCGCAUGAAAUUCAUCAACUCUUGGAUCGAUGAUGGCAUCCCAGCGGUCUUUUGGAUUUCUGGCUUCUUUUUCCCGCAAGCCUUCCUGACGGGCACGUUACAGAACUACGCUCGCAAGGUGAAGAUUCCUAUCGACACCAUCGGCUUUGACUUCCAGGCGAUGAAAGAGCCAGUCAAAAGUAUUUCUGCUGGCCCCGAGGACGGCUGCUACAUCUACGGGAUGUUUGUGGAGGGUGCGCGCUGGGACAGCGACAAGCAGGAGCUGGCGGAGUCGCGUCCCAAGGAGCUGUUCACCGACAUGCCGGCCUUCUGGCUCAUUCCAUCUCAGAACCGAGAGACGCCGACCUCUGGCAUCUACGAGAGUCCACUGUACAAGACGUUGACCAGGGCAGGUACCCUGUCGACCACUGGCCACUCCACGAACUUCGUCUUCACUAUGGAGGUGCCAACUAGCUUGUCCCAGCAGCACUGGAUCAAACGUGGUGUAGCCAUGCUGUGUGCCCUCAACUACUAGCUGCAGGUGGCUGGCAGGGACUGGACACAGCAACGGUCACACAUCUCUAACCUUUUAUUUAAAUAUAUUGUGAGGACAAGAUCAGAGUUGCAAGGAAUCCUAUCCAGCCUCUUCCUUCCUUGACGGUAGGGGAAAAUUUCUUUGUGAGAUCAACGGUGUUGUAAACAAUAUCAAUGAGCCCUAAUCAACAUCAACAACCAGGGUAGUAUUGUAGUAAAAUAUCAUACAGACAGAUAAAAACACGUCCUGAGUUACAAAUCUAAGGUAUUCGUUAAUAAAUCUAUUUUCUACGAAGAAUCAUGACAAUAGAAAAAAAUGA